AUGCAGUGGGGGAAGGUGCUUGGGGGGCUGGCGGGGGCGGCGGCCCUCUUGGGGCUAGGGAUCAUCCUGGGCCACUUUGCCAUCCCCAAGGGAGCCAACCCGCCAGCACCCAGUGCUUCAGCCUCCCAGGACCUGGACCCAGAGAUCCUUGAGACCAUCAUGGGGCAGCUGGACGCCAGCAGGAUCCGGGAGAAUCUUAGAGAGCUCUCCAGGGAGCCACACCUGGCCUCCAGCCCCCAGGACGAGGCGCUGGUGCAGCUGCUGCUGCGGCGCUGGCGGGACCCAGAGUCAGGUCUGGACUCGGCGGAGGCGUCCACCUACGAAGUGCUGCUGUCCUUCCCCAGCCAGGAGCAGCCGAACCACGUGGCCAUUGUGGGUCCCAGUGGGACCAUCCUCUUCUCCUGUCGCCAGAGCGAAGAGAACCUGACUGGGGAGCAGGGGGGGCCUGAUGUGGUGCCACCCUAUGCUGCCUACGCCCCCCCCGGAACCCCACAGGGCCUCCUCGUCUACGCCAACCGGGGCUCAGAAGACGACUUUAAGGAGCUACAGGCUCAGGGCAUCCAACUCAAAGGCACCAUCGCCCUGACCCGCUACGGGGGUGUAGGACGCGGGGCCAAGGCUGUGAACGCUGCCAAGCACGAGGUGGCUGGGGUGCUGGUGUACACGGACCCCGCAGACAUCAAUGACGGGCGGAGCUUGCCCAACGAGACCUUCCCGCACUCCUGGCACCUGCCUCCCUCUGGGGUGGAACGAGGCUCCUACUAUGAGUAUUUUGGGGACCCCCUCACUCCCUACCUUCCAGCCAACCACUCUUCCUUUCGCCUGGACCCAGCCACUGCCUCCGGAUUUCCCCCAAUUCCCAUUCAGCCCAUUGGCUUCGAGGAUGCCAAAGUCCUUCUCUGUAACCUCCAAGGACCCUCAGCCCAGGCUGACUGGCAGGGAGCACUGGGCUGUGACUACAAGUUGGGCCCGGGCUUCGAGCCUGGUGGUAUGUUCGCAGGCAGCCAGGUGAACCUGAGUGUUCACAACCGCCUGGAGCUGCGGAACUCCUCCAACGUCCUGGGGAUCAUCCGCGGGGCUGUGGAGCCUGACCGCUAUGUGCUCUAUGGAAACCACCGGGACAGCUGGGUGCAUGGGGCCGUGGACCCCAGCAGUGGCACUGCUGUCCUCCUGGAGCUCUCUCGCGUCCUGGGGACCCUGCUAAAGAAGGGCAUCUGGCGCCCCCGCAGAUCGAUCGUGUUUGCGAGCUGGGGGGCAGAGGAGUUUGGGCUCAUUGGCUCCACAGAAUUCACGGAGGAAUUCUUCUACAAGCUGCAGGAGCGCGCCGUGGCCUACAUCAACGUGGACAUCUCGGUGUUUGCCAACGCCACCCUGAGGGCGCAGGGGACGCCCCCGGUCCAAAGCGUCAUCUUCUCCGCAGCCAAACAGAUCCCCGCACCAGGCCCGGGCAGCCUCAGCAUCUACGACAACUGGAUCCGGUAUUUCAACCGCAGCAGUCCAGUGUAUGGCCUGGUCCCCAGCGUGGGCUCUCUGGGUGCUGGCAGCGACUACGCGCCCUUCAUUCACUUCCUGGGCAUCUCCUCCAUGGACAUCGCCUACACCUAUGACCGGGUGAGCCGCACCGCUCCGUCUCCCAGCUCUGUUCUUUGCUCCACUCGCCAGCCGCCGCCUCCCCUGCCUUCUCCAGAGCAGCCUGAGCGGCUCCAUCACUCAGUAGCUGUGCUGCCUCGCCCAACUUUCUUCUCUGAGAAUCCGCUAAGGCUCAUUUAA